CUCACUCCGACCAGCAGCCCACCGGCCCAGCCCUGCUGGUGUCCCUCACUCCCACCCCUCAGCCCCUGCCAGCCCAGCCCUGCCCUGCCAGCGCUCCUCACUCCCAACCUGCAGCCAUUGCUCGCCCAGGAAUCCCUCAUUGAAUGUUGACUUCUAGCACGCUGCAUAAUCCUGCAAUUCUGUUACCCACAACCAGCCAGGAACUCAUGGCCCCCCGACCCCACUCCCCUCACAGAGCCAGGGCAAGAACCCAGGAGUCCCAGCCGCCCCUGCUCUAACCCACCAGACCCCACUCCCCUCACAGAGCUGGGGAGAGAACCCAGGAGUCCUGGCUCCCACUCUGACGCUUUGCAGCACUGACACACGAGAGGGGACCACGCAGAGACCUCCACACUCGUCUCCCUGGUGCCUAGCCCCCGAGGAGCUGCCCGAUCCCUGCUGCGGUGCCCAGAUUGGCUCCUUGCUGGCUGAGGCUGAGAAUCUAGGCUCAACCCUUCCUCCCGCCCCCAGCCCAGGCAGCCAGACCUGUCCCCACCUGCCUGGGUGUGGUCUGGGCCCUGCCCUACUUAACCAGCUGAGCCAGGGGAGGGCUGAACUGUGCUGCCUGUGCCUAGCUGUUCUGCCCUGGGGACCCACCACCCAGUUUCGGUUCCAGGAUGCAGCCAAUCACCACCGGCCUCCUGCUGCUCUUGGCAGCGUUUCCUGUCCUGAAAGCUGAACACCCCAUGGAUCCAGCAAGCCCCUUCACUUAUGAUUGGAAGCGCCUGCGACUCGGAGGGCUGAUCGCCGCUGGCGUUCUCUGUGCCCUGGGGAUCAUUGUGCUGCUCAGUGGAAAAUGCAAAUGCAAAUUUAACCGCAAAGCCAGCCGGCGGCCGAAUGAGCCCCUUCACCUCGUCACCCCCGGCACCGCCAGUAACUGCUGAACCACGAUGGUCCCAGUGCCAGGUCUCGCCCAGGGCGUUGGCUCCUUGCUGGGACGUCCCAUCCCCCCAUCCCCCGAUCUGGGGAAGCAGGAGGGGGAGAAGUUUUUUAACUGAACUUUUCAUUCUGUGGAAUAAAAGUCUCCUGACCUUGAAACUC